AUGGACUUUGUUGAUCCUCGGUACUUUGCUAAACCACAACACAACUCUCUCACACACACUUCUCUCACCACUCUGACCCACGCCACUCUUACCAACUGUACUGCCACCGAUAGAACCCCUGACACAACUGAGACAAUGGUGGAGAGAAAAUUCAAUAGUAUUGGUGACGUUGGAUUGAGUGUUGGUAGUUCGAUUGAGACUGUGGACACUGAUGAAUUGUCUGACGUAAAGUUCAGAAGACCGAAAUCGUUCCUGGGCACUAAAAUCCCCAACCCGAAGAAAGAAAUGAACAAAGAAAUGAAAGAAAUGAACAAAGUCGUCAAAACAGGACUCCACAAACGCACCAACAAACACUUUUUCGAUCCCGAUUACAACUUUACUGCCACUCUUAACACUGUAAACUCUCCCAAUAGUGUAAAUGUGAACUCUCUUAAUACUGUAAACUCUCUUAAUACUGUAAACUCUCUUAAUAGUGUAAACUCUGGGAACUCUAACACUGUGAGACCGGGUGAAUUACUGUUGAUGGACCCGAAGAGUGACGAGUUACCUCGAGUUCCAUCGUUUUUUGACUUGGGUCAGGUGGACUUGCACCGUCAGUAUUCGCUCAAAUCCACUGAAUCGUUGAAGAGAGUUGGCUCCACAGACUCCUUCGAGUACCUUCUCUUUGGCGAUUCCCAAGAGUAUUUUUCCAUACUCCCCGUUAACAAUGAGAGUUCUGAGUUAUACGACACGGGGAUAAAGGUGAAUAGGGAACUCAAGCUCGAUCGCUACACACUGCUAGGGUUUCACUUUAAUAAACUUCUCAAUUCACUCUCAUGGCUCGCAUCUCUUCAAUUGAGUUCCAGGGCUUUUAACAGUAACGGGGUCAGGUUCAACGGGGUUAGUAGAGUUACUAGGGUUAACGGAGUUACUAGGGAUAGUAGGGUUAACGGGGUUACUAGGGAUAGUGGUGUUAACGGGGUUACUGGAGUAACUGGAGUAAGUAGUGUUAAGAAUAAUAAUAGUAAGGAGAUGAAGAAUUGGAACGAGUGUGAGGAUGACAUAGGUGGGAUAGAUGUGGAUUUUAGUAUGGAUAGUAAGUACGUAGACUUGGAGUGCGGUGGGAAGUUCAGACACUCACCAAAAACUUUUCAAAAGUCUUACUCAUCUCCCUCUUUCUCAUCUCAUACUUUCUCCAGUCAUAAUUUUCACAUUUCUACCCGGAGUAAUGGAGUUAGUGGUGAUAAGUUGGUGUGUUCGCCGAGAUUUACAAGUGUGUUGAAGAAUGUGAACAGUAGUAUGAACCAUGACAACGCUGACGAUUUCGAACUCUUUUAACCUAAUAUCUUACUCUUAUU